AUGGCAAGCAAGCCACGCUCUCCACUCCAUCUGCAGCUCCUCUGCACCCUCAGUCCCGCUCCCACCCCUCCCCCCACUCUCCUCCCACCCCUCCUCCCACUCUCCUCCCACCCCCUCCCACGCCCCCCCCCUCCUCUCCGUUCCACCCUCCUCCCAUCCAGUGUGCUCGCCGGCAACAUCUUUCUUCAGGGAUCCAUCACCCAACUCGCCCUCCCCACCUCCCUCCGCGUGCUGGACCUUGCGUGGACAUCGGUGACUGGUUCCGUGCCAUCUGCCAUUCUCUCUCUCCCAGCUCUCUCACACCUAGAUGUUUACAUGACUACAAUCUCCGGAAGCCUACCAUCCACACUCGGCCGUCUGACUGGACUCAAAUACCUAAAUAUCGGUGCAGAGAACAUCACUGGGCGUGUGGAGGACCUCUCAUGGAUCUCAAGCCUCACCAAUCUACACUCGCUUGUGAUGUAUGGCAUGUACAGGGUGGAGGGAGAUCUGUCAACGCUCACCUUCCUCACUGCCCUCACAGCCAUGCAAAGCCUCACCAUCGCGCGGGUCCCUUGGGCCGGCGAGCUACCUGCUUUGCUCGGCACCCUUACUGCUCUCACCCACCUGGACGUAAGCGGGCUGCUAACGACCGUGUUUCCUCGAUGGUCCUUGGACUUGACAAAUCUACGAUUUCUCGACGCGGCUCAUUAUGCCAAGCUGCGCACUGGAGUGAUGCCACAAGACCUCUCGCGCCUGGCACACCUUGAGCACUUUGAUGCAUCAGGCAAUGGGCCGAGUGGAGCACUUCCCGACUACUGGACCUCCUUGAAGCAUCUUACCUACCUGUGCGCCUCAUGUGUUGUUCCGGCAGCUACUUCUUGUUCUUUCUCAUCGCUUACCAUUCUACUCACACUCCUUGCGACUAGUUGCCUGAUCUUACUCUUUGUAAUCUGA